AUGAGCAACAUGAAGCCUCUCAAAGGGUUGGCGUUUUGCUGUACGUCAAUUCCUGUCAAGCUCCGUGAAGAAAUAUCACAGAAGUUAGCUUCAAUGGGCGGGAUCCACUACUCAGACCUCAUGAGCGACGUCAAUUAUCUAAUUGUGGGAGAUCGUAAGACCGAUAAAUAUAACUAUUGCAUUAAACACAGACACGAUGUUAAAUUCUUGAAGCCGGAGUCCAUAAUAACAGUCUAUAACCUCUGGCUCGAAGGUGAAGAAUCCCGGGAUUUGUUGGACAUCAACAACUACUUGUUACCUAUAUUUAGUGGGUUAGUGAUUUGUAUGUCUAGAAUCGCGUUUAGUGAUAAGUAUUUGCAUGAAGCUUUGUUUGAACAAGAUUUCCGUAAGACCACUUUAAAGAAUCGUAAUAUCAUAGGGCACUUGGAAGUCUACAACUCUGAAACCCUAUCAAAGUACAUUGAAGCGAAUGGGGGGAAAAUCACCGAAUCGCUUACCAUAUCAAAUUCCUGUGUAGUCACUACUGAGAAGAAGGGAAAGAGAUACCUGAAAGCAAUAGAAUGGAAUAUCCCCGUAGUGCAUCCUAUAUGGAUAUACGACUCGAUGUUAAGACAAGCGGCACUUAGUUUGGAUGAUUAUCAUGUAGAUUUGGAAAAUAAAUCUUACGUAGAAGGAUGUAUGGUUUGGGACAAGGUUUUUUCUAUUGAAGAUACCACGCAGACAAAUGCCUCGUCUGCUGUGGACACAACCAAAAGUAAAUUGCCUAAGACAGAUAUAGAAGUGAUCAAACCGAUUGCAGUGAACAGGAAUCCGACCAUCUGGAAUUCGAUUAUGGCUCAAAAAGUAUCGAAAAGUAAAGAUGUAGAAGAAAACUUAUGGGAGGAGAAUAAUCGAGAAAUAAACGAAGAAGAUGGAGAACAAGGGGACAAUGAUGAGAACGACGAUAAAGAGGACAAAGAAAGAGAAGCUCUCAGGAGUACUUCGAAGCCAUCGUCCAUUUUUGUUGGCUUCAACUUCCUAAUUGUAGGAUAUAACCAUUCUCAAACUUCAAUCUUAUCCAAAGUAAUUGAAUCAAAUGGAGGGGAGAUUACUAAAGAUACACAGGACUUGUCUAUCACCCAUGUAAUUAUACCAUCUAACAGCGGUCGUGAAUCCUCCACUGUAUUAAAGACCUUACCUUCUCAGACCAGAGCCAGAAUCAAUAAGUCAGAUAUUCAAGUGGUAACGGAGUGGUUCGUGGAGAGAUCAGUUUUCUACGAAAGACAAGUUUUAGAUUACUGGGGAAAGCCGAUUAGAGGGAUUCCCCCAAAUAUCCCCAAGGAAAAGUCUCUAAGAAUUUGCAUUACAGGCUUCACUGGCAUUGAACUCCUUCACAUUCAAAAACUUAUAUCAUACAUGGGGUUUGAAUUUUGCGAGUCGCUAACAGCCAAAAGGGAUUUGAUGAUUGUUAAUAUUAAUCUUUUCAAAGAAACUAUAUCAGAGAAGUCCCCGAAAUUACUUGAAUAUAAAUUCAAAGAUAUAAUAGAUUGUCCGGUUUAUCAGGGAGAAGUGUCAUUCGUGUCAAGUAAAAACAAAAUAAACGCAGCCAAAAAGUGGAGCAUCCCCAUAGUUUCUCUUGCAUAUCUUUGGGAAACCUUAGAACUAACUAUGAAGAAGGGUAAACUUGUGAUGCCAGAUAUUUUAGAUCUUAGAUGGUGUAUGUUUGUUCCCAGAAGUUACAGCAAAACCACCACAUUACUGGACUACAUGAAAAGUGUCGAGAAAGCUUCAAUUGAGACGGACGUCACAGUCACCGAAAUCCUCGAAACUUCAUCAUUGCCACAACUUCCUUCGCCAAGAAGAGGGUCUAAGCAAAAAUUUGGGAGGAUACUGGGUAGGAGUCCUAAAAAGGACGCUAAUUCAUCACCAACCAAAGCGACAGAGGAGGACAGACUGGAUUUAACAUUUGAGGAAGAGGAUUUCGGUGUUGGAUAUGAAUUGGAGACGGUUCAAUUACCAAACCCAAAACGUCUACGGGCAAGUAAGAAAAAAUGA